UUGUAAAAAUAUAGGACAUACCAUUGCGGAUUGGCAAAUCUUUGAUCAAGCUUCUUUUAAAUAGUCAAAUACCUAUCACAUAUUCUUGCUACCACUUUAAGUCUCUUAAAAACAAAAAAAAAGAUCCUCCUGGCAGCCAAUCAUAAAGUCCCGGUUUCCUGGGACGGAGUCAUAUCAGUCGGCGUCACUGCACCGACUAGCUCUUCCCCCCAGGAUGCUCCUCUUGCUCUGUCUGACCGCCGUCUCCUCCGCGGGUCUCUCCGUGGAGACGAACCACACCUCCAAGUUGCUGGCGGAGAGCAGCGAGCAGUGCUCGCCCUGCGACUACCGGGAGCACAACAAGCAGAUGCGGCUGCACAGCAUCAAGUCGCAGAUCCUCAGCAUCCUGCGGCUGGAGCAGGCGCCCAACAUCAGCCGGGACAUGAUCCGCCAGCUGCUGCCGAAGGCGCCUCCGCUGACGCAGCUCCUGGACCAGUACGACCCGCGGGUGGAGGACGAGGACCGCGCCACGACGGCGACCAUCAUCACCAUGGCUACCAUGCCCAAUCCGAUUGCCCGGGACGAGUUGUCUAUCUGUUGCCUGUUCAGCAUCAGUCCAAAGAUCCAGCCCAAAAACAUCCUGACCGCUAAGCUGUGGGUCCACCUUCGCCCGGCCGACGCGGUCACCGCUGUCUUCCUGCAGCUCUCCCACCUCAAGCCCCGGAGGGUGGGGAACAACACCCGCGUCCGAGUGCGCUCCCUGAAGGUCGACGCCGGCCCCGGCUCUUGGCAGAGUGUCGACAUCAAGUCCAUGCUUCAGGCCUGGCUGCGGCAACCGGAGACCAACUACGGCGUCGAGAUCAACGCCUACAACUCCGAAGGGGAAGAUCUGGCCGUCACCUCCGCAGAGCCCGGAGAGGAAGGACUGCAACCAUUCAUCGAGGUGAAGAUCCUCGAAAGCCCCAAGAGAUCCCGCCGCGACUCGGGCCUCGACUGCGACGAGGAGUCGGCGGAGACGCGCUGCUGCCGCUACCCGCUGACCGUCGACUUCGAGGAGUUCGGCUGGGACUGGAUCAUCGCGCCCAAGCGCUACCGGGCCAACUACUGCUCGGGCGAAUGCGAGUUCAUGCACCUACAGCAGUACCCGCACGCGCACCUGGUGAACAAGGCCAACCCGCGGGGCUCGGCGGGGCCGUGCUGCACGCCCACGAAGAUGUCGCCCAUCAACAUGCUCUACUUCAACCGCAAGGAGCAGAUCAUCUACGGCAAGAUCCCAUCAAUGGUGGUCGACAGCUGCGGCUGUUCCUGAACAAACCCAGGUCUCGGAGGGAGGGUUCGUUUUUAAAUACCGCGAAGAAUCCAAAAUUGAAGUGCUUUUUGAUAACUUUACUUUUGAUAACAUCAUACAUGCAUAUUAUACUAUAUAACAAUCAUUAUGGCCACUUUUCUUCAUAAACCAGUUGGUAAAAGUAGUUGCGCUUUCAUUGUCAAACACUACAACUGAACAUGAAGAAAUGUCCCAUGCUAUGACAUAACUUGGCAUAAAGUUGUAUUUUGAAAUGUGACCUGGCAUGAGCACUAAAGCAGUCUUGAGGUAUUUUGAAAUGAAAAUGAAUUUUCCUUGAAAUUGUUAUUUUACCCAUCGUAAUAUAAGAUACUUUCAUUUAUCCAGUAUACAUAGAUAGAUAGACAGACUCCCGCUCGCUAACCCGUCCUCCUCCGUCUUAUGAAAUCGUGUCCUGAUUUGAGUCUUGACCAGGACAAACCCCCUGCAGGGCGUCUUCCAUGUGUGCCCUUAUUUUAGAAAACAUGAACCGAGUGACUCUAUGCCCCCGACACUUGUUUGCGGACGUCUCGCUGUGACCAGUUCCCAAGGCUGUCACCGCAACAGAGAGAGUGAGAGAAAGACACACAGGUUCGCAGGUGUGGUGUUCGGCGUGGAUGUGAUUUGGAUUCCCACAGAUUGUAUUUUCUUUGUGGUUUGGUGGAUUGUGGGCUACGUUGUCCACAUGCAAAUGUUUUAACUCUUAGACCGAGUCAGAAAAAGCUUGUGUUAAUGGAUGGAGUUGAAGCGUCAACUCAGCAUGUUCAACCUUUGAAAAUUUUUCUUGUUCUUCUUUUUUUUCCUUUUGCUGGUGCAUUGGUGUGUUGCUGCGAACAAUUCUCUUUCUGCAGAGAAGCGCAAACGAUGAUGUGUUUUAAGGAUGGCAAGAAGUACACAUUUGCAGGACUGCGUGUGUCUGCGCAAAAUUAGCUUUUGAGAUGCAACUUGACGCGAAAGCGAACUGCAGUAUUUCAGCAACGCCCUCUGACCUUUUGAGUAGGGGUCAGAGUGGAGAGACAUCUAGUGGACAGUAGAAGCACCUGAAGGCAUUCACGGUGAAUACAUCGUACUAUAAUAGAUAAUAAUAAUACAUGUAUUAUUUUAUAAUACGAUUUUAUGCAGUUGGGUUGCAUUAAUUAUUAACAGAUUUCGUGGAUUCACACCAGACCUCUGAACUGCGACUGCCCCCACACUUGGAACAAAAAGAUUCUGAUCUAAAAAAAAUCAUCACUGACUGGUAGAAUAGUGUCUAAACAGCCUGGGGAGAUAAAAUUCACAAUGUGAGCAGAAGGUGGGAUCUCAGAGGGAGGUUCGGUUUCAUCUUGAUUGUGAAGCUGAGUGCAGAUGUCCUGACUGUUGUUGUGCCUCGCGGGGGUUUUUGACCCAUAAGUCGUUGCUCCGCGAUUGGAACAGGAUGUUUUCACGGGUGACACACGUUCACGUUUGUGAUUCUGCAUUGAACUUGAGUUAACUUUCUUUUUGUUUAUGGCUACAUCCUGUUUUUGUUGUGUCAUUAUCUUCAUCUAUACAAAUUGACAGGGUUUUUUAAAUCACAAUACACUUACUAAAUAAAAGGUGAAUAUGUUAAAUAUGUUUUUACUUUUAAAAUAUUGCCAUGUAAGAAUGAGUCUCAAGAAAACUAAUGGAAGGAAGGCAUUUAAAUGGAUGUGUUUUUGUGUCUCGCUUUUCCUGCUAUUUAUUUUUAUAACUGAGACUGUUCCAAUAUCGACUACGUUCAUUCUAGAAUAUGAAUACAUGCGCAAAGACACAACAAAAGUAUGCAAAACAUGAUUCCAUGUCAUGGAGCGGCAUGUGUGGUCAGGUGAUGCUCUGAUAAUGGAAGUGAAAUUGUUUUAAGUCACUGAAAUGGACUGAAACCAGUGCUGGUAUGCUUGGGAAAAGAGUCAUGGGAAUAUAUAGCAUGAUUCCCAACAUUUCCAUUGUGCACUGCUGCGUGUGUGUAUAUGAUUAAUGACAAAUGUGCUGUAAAUGUCAAAAUUGUGAGAAAUACACUGAGGCAUGUGAGGAAAGAGUUUGUCAACAGUAAUUUCUCAUUUCUAUGCAUUAAUAACAAUAUAACCUCUUGAUUUAUUGUAUUUUAUAAAGAAGCAAACUGUCUUGGA